AUGCCUACCAUCCCCAAAAGACUCCCGGCCCCCCUCUUCCGUCACAUCGAGCCACUGGAGGCGGCCAUCGCCCUUAGGGUGCUACUCACACAACUCAGACCUAACGAAAACUCUCCAGAAUUGAUAGAAGCGAAACUCACCGCAAUCCGGGACAGCGCACCGGAUUUAGAUAUGAGGAAAGCAGCAGCAGCCUUAUUUCCAGGAGAAAUCGACGAGAUCGCCUCCCAGCUAGUAACCGCCGAUAAUCCGGAGGAAAGAGCUCGCCUGGAGGGUAUCAUCGAGUCGAGGGUCUGGUUCAGGCGGUGGAUGGACGCCGCACGAAUUCACAGGAAGACGGCACCACACUCAGAUCCAAUCGCUGCCCAGACGGUGAACCGAUUUGCCACUUCCAAGCUGAAAAAGAUAGAAGAAAUGCUCGCCAACGUAACCAAAGAAGACGAAGCAUUACAAGCGGCGAAGGUCACAUUGGAGACAGUCAUAGAUCUUGGGGAACAAUCGUAG